CUCAUACUAUGGUCACCGUCCUCCCUAAUUUUUUUUUUGAAGUUUCAACUUCCGAUUUUGUUCUGAAAAUAGAAAAGAAGGAAAAAAGACUGAGGCAAACAAGCUAAGCAACCAUGAAGGAAUUUACAAUACCGGCCUCGCUAGAGGACAUGUCCUCUACAGACAUGGGGACAUAUAUGAUGCGCCAGGCCUGGGACUCGCGUCAAAUUGUUACCGCUUAUAAAGAGUGGCAGAAUAAAGGCGUUGUACUCGAUGAUGUUCCGGAACUCGUCCCUCUCUUCUAUUCUGCAAUUUUAAACAUAUCAGACCUAAGCGAGUUCAUGCUGACCGACCUAUGGCGUUUAAUUUUCAAAUAUGUCAAUAAGCUCGACUCAGCUUUACGCAAAGUUGCCCAAGGUGAACAUCCCGGUCCAGAGGAACGGCGGUGCCUGUCUAUUGAAACUACCAUUGUCGUGUAUUUCUUUGGACAGUAUAUCCAGGCGGUAAACGGUGAGACCAAUAAGAGCUCUGUAGCAUUUGAUCCUGUGGCAGAGAAACAGAAGAAGGGGCGUAAGAAAGGUCCACAAGGAGUUGGUCGUUUUGCAAACUGGGAGACAGAACGAAUCACUGCCCUUGAGGCAAUCCUGCAAAUCUUCGAAGCGCCUUUGAAGGAUAUACUUUCAGCCAAUGUGGCAGAUCAACUAGGUAAUACAACGGCUCAUAUGGUCUACCGAUUAUUAGGAAACGUCUCUGUAUGCAGAGAUAGUGAAAGCAGCGACCUUUGUGUGGGACUGCUCACCUUGCUUGUGACUCGCUACGGACACGGUGCUUUGUGCCCGUACCAAAUACCAGCUUUACUGUCAACCUCAGAACAUGCAGUUCCAGUCCUUGGGCGAGUCUUUGAUGAAAUCGUCAACCGUCAUUCUUAUGUAGCGCUACUGCCGGACCUUAUGCGAGAAUCAACAGCGCUGUCCGACACAGCGCCAGGGGACUCGUUGGUUAUCAAGAACACAGCAGAAUUCCUUCUUCAGCUUUGCAAGCGCAUUGGCACUCACCUACUGAAUUUGCUGGCAUACAUUGAUGCCCUUCUCAAUUCACCGAACUUUUCUUUAAGAAACGCUGCGCUGUCGGCCAUGGGCGAAUUGAUAAAAAGUGUAUUAACAAAAAAGGACCUAACGGAAAAAGAAGAAAGAAUUCGUGAUCAGAUACUGGAGGAGAUUAUGUCGCACAGCAACGACUUAUCAUCGCACGUUCGGGUGCGUUCUGUUAAGUUGUUGAGCGAGCUAUUGCAGUCGAAUAGUCUGCCUAUAGCGAGACAACCUGAGAUUGUAUCUCUCGUGGGUCGACGACUCUCUGACAUAACCGCCCCUGUCCGCAAAGCGGCUGUACAAUUCCUUAUGGACUAUGUCGACUACAACACAUUUUUAAGCGAAAUGGACCCUGCAAAACUUGAUGAUAUUAUUGAAAAAAAGCAAGCGGUUGUCGCCGAGCUUCGUGAAGAAAUUGGAGUAGACCAGAAAACUAUGGACGAGUGGGAUGAGGUCUCAGCUAAAAUGAUGUCCUACUUUCGCGAACAUGAUAUCCCUCCGAUGCCAAAGGACAUGAAUGACCUAGAGCGUCCUAAAGGCUCUGUUCAAAAGGAGCUGAGUAACGUCACCAAACUCUUGGAUGACGGAAAAUUUACAGAAGCUCUGCAACUCGUUCAAAGGUGUUUCUAUUGGUUCCAGGAAUGUCCACUCUUUGCCAAGAACGAUACAGAAAAAAAUAGAGAUAGUGCAAAGAGUAAUGAUGAUGGCAAAGAAGAGCGCACCGAAGAAAAGCAAUCACAAGAUACACUAGGGGAUUUUGAAAGAGAAAAUGACGAAUCGGAAGAAAAUAGUGAUGGAAAGGUCGAUGAUAAUAGUUCUAGAAAACAAAACCGAAAAUCUCGGACAAAUAAAACAACUAUCAAUUGGUUUACCGUUGCAAUGAAAGUAUACAUGCGCAAACCGCCCAAGAAGGCAAAGAAAAACCAGAACCUUGAUGAGCAUGAUGAGAUGAACAGUUCACACGAGUUAACGGAGCAGCAAAUCCAAACCGAGCAUGAAAUUCUGGUGUCAAAGUUGGAGAAGCACGAGAAAGAGUUGGUGGCAUUAUUGCAGCUUAAACACUACCUAACGGUCUACUCAGCAGCAUUGCCACAAAUCAACCUAAUGCUGCAAUCGAAGACACCCUCUGAUAUCCUGGCGGCUAUUUCCUUCUUCGUACAUAUAAUAACCGCUGGCAUACCCGUAGGCACGCGCAGUAUCUCAAAUAUGGCUCAUCUAUACGGUCACAAGGAGGAGUCAGUGAAGAAAGCUGUCGAGGCUGCUUUCGAAAACCUGUAUUUGACAUGUGACUCGAGCGACAUCCGAAAAAACUGCGUGAGUGUCGCUAAAAAGCUCAUCGGACUCCUGAUGCACUGCAACACAAACGAAAUGGAAAGAUGGGGCCGUGUAAUUGCGGAUUUAGUUGCCACGAGAAAAAUACCAAGUGAUGUCGUUAUGGUCUUCUUCGAGAUCGUCAUGCAGAAACUAGGACCGGAGCAAAUGUUUACCAGGGUGACCGCCCUCCUUCUGAUCGCCAAGUGUUCUCUUAAGAAGCCUUCUAUUGUUCAGGCGAAUCUAACUACCAUACAGGAGCUCAUAUCAGAACCAGCAUUUACUAAAUGUUGUAUCAUGGCCUUAUCCAACCUCGAGUUAGAAGUCCGGUGGGAUAUUGACCACGAGUGUUACGGAAUUAUUACGAAGGUUUUUGUUGCCAAUUUGACAAAUUCUCAGUGGUCACAAUGGCCAAGCAGCUUUUUUGCAGCUACUGAGCUUAUUUUUAAAACGGCUAAACAACCUAUCAAACUUCUGUCGAAUAUUGUCAACAAUAUUCUCGCUGUUUUCAACGACAAAUCGUCCUCUCUGCAGUGCUCCCGAAUUUUGUCGAUGGUCCAAGCUAUUGCAGCUCGACUAUACGUUUUCAUGGAUAUCGAUUUUUAUGGAAAACUACAGGAUGGUAAAAAGAAGGAAACAAAAAAGGGCCGAAGCGGAAGAGAAGCUACUAGCCGAGGGAAGGGCCGUAAAAGUUUAUCCGAGUCUCGACGUAAUGCCUCAGCAAACGCAUCGGUGCUCGUGGAUGAUGCAGACCAAAGCGUUCUGGUUGGAGCCGUUGCAGAUGAGACCGAUGCUGAACUGGUCAUUUCGCUGAUGGAGAACGAAAUUAUGGCUGAAGAGCAUUUCUUAGGUGCCUUUCUUCCAUUUAUUGUUAACAUUCUUAAACACCAUAAGGAGUUCCCGUGUUCACGACUGCAGCAACAGGCGACAGUAUCGCUAAUCAGUCUUAUGCUACUUAGUAAUCUAGUAUAUGAUAAUUACAUAUCUCUUAUCUUCACCAUUCUCGAGAGAUCGCCCGAUGAACUGCAACGUCAAUGCAUUGUCACCUAUAUUCCUGAUCUUUGCAAGUCGUUCCCGAACUCUUUUGAUCCCUGGACAACAAAGGUGUACGAGAUCCUGAAGCGCGAACGCUCCUUCAAUGUACGCCGAAAAUGCAUUCUGAUUUUAUCAGAUUUGAUCAUGCACGAUCAAAUUAAAGUGAAGGGUACGAUUAGCGAUGUGGCUUGCUGCUUACUAGAUCCGCAUGCGGACAUUGUGCGUAUGACUGAAUCGUUAUUUCAACAGCUGGCCAUGAAAAACAAUUCGCUUUAUAAUGUCCUACCCGACAUUAUCUCACGAUUGUCUGAUCAGCAGUUCGGCGUGGAACAAAGCGAUUUCAAUAAAAUAGCUAGCUUUCUUUUUAAGCAGCUCAGCAAGGAUAAGAAACUGGAAAAUUUUGUUGAGAAACUUUGUGGUCGAUUCCGUUCAUCAACAACGGACAUGCAGUGCCGAAACUUGGCCUUCUGUCUUAAGCAGAUUCCUUAUACGGAGCGUAGUCUUCGCAAAUUGAUCGAUAAUGUGUCCUGCUAUGCGGACAAGCUCAUCGACAACGACAUUUAUGAUGCUUUCGUGAGCAUCUGCAUUCAAACGGCCAAAGGUGCCAAAAGCGAACUCAAGCUGGUGGUGACAGAGUUCGAAAAUUGUCUCGACGAGGCGCGAAGUACGUCCGAUGAAGGUAAGGAGAGCAAUGCCGAGAGUAAGGAUGGAGUCACUGAAAGUGAAACUUCAUCGCAAACUUUUCGCACCACGUCGCAGAGAAUAACGAUGUCCAGCCAAGGUCACAAAGCGGGCAGCAUCACAUCCACGAGAGGUCGUCGAACAGCUGCAAAAACACCAGGGAAGGCGCCCGAAACGCCGGGGCGGUGGAAGAAAGUUGCUAACCUAAUGGACAGUGAUUCCGAAGAGGAGCAGCAAGUUUCAGACGUUGAAAUUAUGGUGGAGAAACGAUCGAGUCGACAGCUCAAGCGUUUAAACGCCGAAGGAAUGCCCGUUAGUACCCACACAUCGAAAAGGACCCGAAGGUAGCGAUUACUUGGAUUCGCCUAAUUAGAAGGUGCUUAUUCUGCAGAUCAGUGACCGGGCUGCUUAAAAUCAUUAGCCUGGCUACAGAAAAAAAGACAAGAGCUUACAUUGUGAAGCUCAUAUUUUUCUUCGGUUUAAAUAUGAUAAACUUAGCCAUAGAUACGCAACAAUUAUCGCGGUGGCGUGAAAAUUUGUUUGUACACGUAAUGGAUAUGCAAACUGAUAAAAUAGUAUUUGAGAGACACGAAAUUGUACAAUUAAUUUCCUAGCACUCAA